GCCAUGUCGUCGAAGCCAUCAGCCAGCUUAGUUAUUAGGCAUCACAGAAGCAAGCAAGUACGGGUUCCGGGAUCAUCAGUGUGACAGUGUCAGUGUGUGUGUGUGUGUGAGGUGACGAGGAUGAGGGGUCUCCUUGUGCUCGCCCUCCUGCUCGCCGCCGCGGCGUGCCUCGCCGAGGGCGCGGGCGAGUGCGGGGCGACGCCGCCGGACAGGAUGGCGCUGAGGCUGGCGCCGUGCGCGUCGGCGGCGCAGAACCCGAGCGCCGCGCCGUCUGGCGCCUGCUGCGGCGCCGUGCGCACCAUCGGGAAGCAGAGCCCCCAGUGCCUGUGCGCCGUGAUGCUGUCCAACACCGCCAAGAGCACCGGCAUCAACCCCGAGGUCGCCAUCUGAAAGGAUGGAGGGCCGAGAAGAAUUGGUUGAAUUUGAACUUUUUCAAAUUUCUACUUAGUUUUUAAUCCAGACUAGUAUUGCUCAAUCUACAAAUUUAAAAUCUAGUCACUAGAGCACGCUAGCAAAAAUGUCCUUAGGUAGGUAAACACACUAUCAUGAUCAUUUUGUCUAGAUUGAGUCACACUAACAAGAUCAAAACUAAGCAAGAGAUCACACUACCAUGCAAGUUGUCCUAGUCAAUCUAUAAGCAAUAAAAAAUAAGAAUAACAACAA